UACAAAAAUCGUUACUGCAAUACAAUACAAAACUACUGCGACUACUCCUUUCCUAACCUUUUACUUGUUUAUCCCUUAUUACGAGUAAGGAAAUCAUAGAAAUAUUCUACCAUUUAGUUGUGAGAAUGCUCUGUAAGUCAAAAGGUGUAGAUCAUGCAGUGAACGACGGACAGUACACUUUAAUAAAGAUUCUACUUUUACAUGAAUGUGUGUUACAAACUGUAUUUCAGUUCAAAUUAAAUUUCACUUUCGGUGCUAAGUGCCUUUAAUUGAAUGUGACAAGUAUGCUGUUUAACCUUUGAAAUCCAAACCAAGUUCAAAUAAUUUUAAGAGGUGCAUAAAGCAAGUUGUUAAAUUUCAACCAUUUCGUCUUGGAAAAAUAAUUAAGCUACGAAUUAAGUUCGCAUAUAAGGCAAUAAUAAUAUUUCUCUUGUGACAAUGCUGUCAAAUUCCUGAUAGCGGCAUUAGUUUAAUAAGGUGAGGUGGAAGGAGAAGAUCGAGUGAGCUUCAUCGUAGGGGAUGAGGACGACAGCCUAAGUUUGGUCGAGGAAUCGUCCGACAAGGCCGACGUCCCCCACGACAAAUUCGGUGGUUCCUUCAAUUUGAUGGACGGAGGGGGAUCCACUGGAGGCAAACACAACAUGGAACCUGCCGGGUUUACCGAUCGUCGGAGGAGGCUCAGGCCGAGCAUGUCGUACGGCACAAUGCUGAACAAAGAUGGACGACUCGUUGAUGGGCCAGGAAUGACUGUGGCCUCGACUGAAGAGCUGGUAAAGAAACUUGGGGGCACGAGGAAUAUUAAUAGGGUUCUUAUUGCCAAUAAUGGAAUUGCUGCCGUCAAAUGUAUGCGAUCAAUCCGUCGCUGGGCAUACGAAGUUUUCCGCAACGACCGUGCCAUUCGAUUCGUGGUGAUGGUCACGCCCGAGGAUUUGAAAGCCAAUGCAGAAUACGUGAAGAUGGCAGAUCACUAUGUACCUGUCCCGGGAGGAACGAACAACAACAAUUAUGCAAAUGUAGAGCUGAUUGUCGACAUAGCGAAAAAAAUGCAAGUUCAGGCAGUUUGGGCUGGAUGGGGACACGCUUCAGAAAAUCCCAAACUUCCCGAACUCUUGUUAAAAAACAAUAUUGCUUUCAUCGGACCACCAGAGAAAGCUAUGUGGGCCCUUGGGGACAAGAUUGCUUCAAGUAUCGUCGCACAAACGGCGAAAGUACCCACCCUGCCAUGGUCGGGAGAUGGUCUUAUUGCGACUUCAGUUGGGAAGGACAAGAGAAUCAAGAUUUCCAACGAGUUGUUUAAAAAGGGAUGCGUCGAAACUGCGGAGGAAGGAUUCAUCUGUGCACAAAAAAUUGGAUUCCCAGUCAUGAUCAAGGCCAGUGAAGGUGGUGGUGGAAAAGGAAUCAGAAAAGCGGACGCCGGAGACGACUUUACCAGUUUGUUUAGACAGGUUCAAGCCGAAAUUCCAGGGUCCCCCAUUUUCAUCAUGAAACUUGCCAAGUGUGCUCGUCAUUUAGAAGUGCAGCUUUUGGCUGAUCAGUACGGAAAUGCCAUUUCCCUCUUUGGAAGAGAUUGCUCAAUCCAGAGGCGUCAUCAAAAAAUUAUUGAAGAAGCCCCUGCUGUCAUUGCACAACCGGAGGUGUUUGAAGAGAUGGAAAAGGCUGCCGUACGAUUGGCGAAGAUGGUUGGUUACGUAAGUGCAGGGACGGUCGAGUACUUGUACGACAACGAUGGCAACUUUUUCUUCCUCGAGUUGAACCCACGUCUCCAAGUGGAACAUCCCUGCACAGAAAUGGUAGCUGAUGUCAACCUUCCUGCGUGUCAACUUCAAAUCGCGAUGGGAAUUCCUCUAAAUCGAAUCAAAUGUAUCCGAAUGUUGUAUGGCGAGAAUCCUUGGGGAGAUAGUGCUAUCGACUUUGAAAACCCGAAGCGUAAACCUCAACCAUGGGGACAUGUCAUUGCUGCUCGAAUCACAAGUGAAAAUCCAGACGAGGGUUUCAAACCUAGUGGAGGGACUCUUCAAGAACUGACUUUCCGAUCGUCCAAAAAUGUGUGGGGAUAUUUCAGCGUGGCAGCGUCUGGUGGACUCCAUGAGUUUGCAGACUCCCAGUUUGGUCAUUGCUUCUCUUGGGGAGAGGAUAGAGAGCAGGCAAGAGAGAAUUUGGUGAUUGCUCUAAAGGAACUCUCAAUCCGAGGCGACUUCAGAACCACGGUCGAGUACUUGAUCACCCUCCUUGAGACGAGAGCAUUCCAAGAAAAUACGAUCGACACGAGCUGGCUGGACGCCCUAAUUGCGGAAAGAGUUCAAGCGGAUAAACCCGAUAUCAUGUUGGGCGUGAUUUGUGGAGCCCUUCAUGUUGCGGAUCUAGCCAUUGUGAAUGCUUUUCAAAAUUUCCAAUCCUCGCUGGAACGAGGUCAGAUCCUUCCGGCCAACACCUUGAAGAACAUUGUGAGUGUGGAACUAAUCAACGAAGGAGUAAAGUACAAGAUCGAAGCCUGUAAAAGCGGACCCAAUCAGUAUUUCUUGGUUAUGAAUGACUCUUACAAGGAAGUGGAUGUUCACCGCAUGUCGGACGGAGGUCUUCUCAUUUCAGUGGACACCCAGAGUUACAACACCUUCAUGAAAGAAGAGGUGGAUCGGUACCGGGUCGUGAUUGGGAAUCAAACUUGCAUCUUUGAGAAAGAGAACGAUCCAACACUAUUGAGAUCUCCAUCCGCUGGUAAACUGUUAGGAUAUCUGGUUGAAGAUGGUGGUCACGUCUAUGCAGGACAGGCAUUUGCUGAAAUUGAAGUCAUGAAAAUGGUGAUGACAUUGACCUGCUCUGAGUCUGGAUGUAUCCAAUACUGUAAACGACCCGGUGCUGUUCUCGAUGGUGGUGCCUUAAUUGCUCGCCUAGAACUUGAUGACGCUUCAAAAGUCACAACUGCUCAAACCUUUACUGGCAAGUUUUCCAUCAGCGAAGACACCGUCGUCUACGCUGGAGACAAACUCAACCAAGUUUAUCAAUCAUGCAAAUCUAGUUUGGAACACAUUCUCGCCGGGUAUUGUCUUCCUGAUCCACACUUUGCCAUCAAGUCGAAGGAAGUAAUUGAACAAUUUAUGAAAGCUCUUCGAGAUCCCAACCUUCCCCUGCUAGAGUUGCAAGAAGUCAUUUCAUCAAUUUCUGGCCGGAUUCCACAACUGGUGGAGAAGAAAAUACGAAAACUUAUGAUGCUCUAUGCCAGUAAUAUUACGUCUGUCCUUGCUCAAUUCCCCAGCCAGCAAAUCGCCAGCGUUAUUGAUAGUCAUGCGGCUACCUUGCAAAAGCGGGCGGAUCGUGACGUCUUCUUCAUGACCACGCAAGGAAUCGUCCAACUCGUUCAACGAUACCGGAACGGGAUCCGUGGACGAAUGAAGUCUGCCGUGCAAGAACUUUUGCGCAAUUACUUAGCUGUCGAGACACAAUUCCAACACGGACAUUACGACAAGUGUGUAUCCGCCCUGAGGGAAAGACAUAAGGACGACAUGGCCUCCGUCACCUCAGCCAUAUUUUCACACUACCAAGUUGCCAAGAAAAAUGCCUUGGUCACCGUUUUGGUGGAUCAUGUCUGGAGCAAUGAAGCUGGACUCACUGAUGAACUCGCCCCUAUUUUGAAUGAACUGACGACACUCAACCGUUCUGAGAAUUCUCGCGUGGCACUUCGAGCAAGACAAGUCCUCAUCGCGGCUCACCAACCUGCGUACGAGUUACGACACAACCAAAUGGAGUCCAUCUUCCUCUCCGCUAUAGACAUGUACGGACACGACUUUCACCCGGAAAAUCUACAAAAACUCAUCAUGUCGGAAACCUCCAUUUUCGACGUGCUCCACGAUUUUUUCUAUCAUCCCAACCAAGCCGUGAGAAUGGCUGCUCUAGAGGUUUAUGUUCGAAGAGCCUACACCUCUUACGAACUGACGUGUCUUCAACACAAGGAACUCCCGUCGAGCAUGUGCAUCGUCCAGUUUCAAUUCCUCCUCCCCUCUUCCCACCCCAACCGAAUGCCCCACAACAAGGCUAGCUCCCAACUCCUGGCUCAUGUGCCCUCCUUGGACGAGAUGCAACUCGGAGAAAUUCCACUCCAAUUGGACGACUGUCAGAGAACAGGAAUCAUGAUCGCUUUUACUAAGAUGGAUGAAUUCGAAAAUUAUUUUGAUGACCUCAUGGACCUUUUCCUGAGUGACUCUAGACCCGACUCUCCCACCGGUGGUGGAGACGACGAAGUGUCAAAGGGAGGAAUUUCAUGCUCUAUUAGUUCCAGUUUUAGCGAUAUGGGAAUCAACAUUAGCGACUACGACCUUAAACCAAGCGAACCCAUCCAUAUUCUGAACGUCGCCCUCAAGUUAGAAUCUGAAGUUGACGACAACAUUUUAAGCGAUAGAUUUGGAGAAUUUGUCAUUAAGAAUCGCGACACACUUUUGGAGCGAGGAAUUCGAAGAGUGACGGUGAUUGUCUUGAGCCGACGCCAAUUUCCAAAAUAUUUUACGUACAGGUCGAGAGAUAACUUCGUGGAGGAUCGUAUCUAUCGUCAUUUAGAACCCGCUCUCGCAUUCCAGUUGGAGAUCAAUCGCAUGCGAAUGUAUGACUUGGAAGCACUCCCAACUUCGAAUCAGAAGAUGCAUUUGUAUCUUGGGAAGGGCAAGGUACCCAAGGGCCAGGAAGUGACAGAUUACCGGUUUUUCGUCCGUUCCAUCAUUCGUCACUCUGAUCUCAUUACGAAGGAAGCCUCAUUCGAAUAUCUGCAAAAUGAAGGGGAGCGUCUCCUUUUGGAAGCUAUGGAUGAGCUCGAAAUUGCAUUUUCUCAUCCCAACAGCACAAAAACUGACUGCAACCACAUCUUCCUUAACUUUGUCCCAACCGUUAUCAUGGAUCCUGGCAAGAUUGAGGAGAGUGUUCGGAAUAUGGUGAUGCGGUAUGGACCCAGGCUUUGGAAAUUGAGAGUUCUUCAAGCCGAACUAAAAAUGAUCAUCCGACAAACUCCAAACAGUAAAAUUAUCCCGAUCCGUUUAUGCCUCGCGAAUGAAAGUGGCUAUUACCUCAACAUCCAUCUCUACAAGGAAAUCAAUGAUCCAUCCUCCGGACUCAUCAAGUUUGAAUCUUUCGGAUCCAAACAUGGCCCACUUCACAUGUACCCCGUCUCAACACCCUACAAAACCAAGAACUACCUGCAACAAAAGAGGUUCCAAGCUCAAAGCAAUGGCACAACUUACGUCUAUGACUUUCCCGACAUGUUCAGACAAGUGUUGGAACGUAUCUGGAAGGAAUAUUCUGAUUCUCAUGAACAAGUCGAAACUCCGGCUCAAAUGUUGCAAUACAUCGAAUUGGUACUAGACAGUCAGGGCAAUCUCGUGGAGCAGAACAGGACGGAGGGAGAAAACGAUGUGGGAAUGGUGGCAUGGCGAAUGAAGCUUUUCACUCCAGAAUUCCCCGGAGGCAGAGAAAUCAUCAUCAUUUCUAACGAUAUUACUCAUUUUAUCGGAUCAUUCAGCGUCCCAGAAGACAUUCUAUUUCAAAAGGCUUCCGAACUGGCGAGACACCUUAAAAUUCCAAGGAUUUACAUCGCUGCCAACAGUGGAGCACGUAUCGGGUUGGCUGAGGAAAUCAAACCAUUGUUCCGAGUGGCCUGGGAGGAUGAAGCUGAUCGAGAAAAAGGUUAUCGUUAUGUGUACCUGACCCCAGAAGAUUACUCCAAAGUCGUCAACCUCAACUCGGUUCGCGUCCAACACAUUGAGGACGAAGGAGAGUCUCGCUAUAAAGUGACCACUAUUGUUGGCGUGGAAGAUGGCAUCGGUGUCGAGAACUUGCGAUAUGCUGGAACAAUUGCGAGUGAAACUUCACGAGCGUACAAGGAAAUUGUCACAAUGACCAUGGUCACUUGUCGAGCUAUUGGAAUUGGAGCAUAUCUAGCCCGGUUGGGCCAACGAGUGGUACAAAUUGAAAAUUCGCAUCUCAUUUUGACCGGAUAUGGUGCUUUGAAUAAAUUGCUCGGAAGAGAAGUCUACACAUCCAACAAUCAACUUGGUGGCAUUCAAAUCAUGUACAACAAUGGAGUGUCUCACAAAACGGAUCGGCAUGACAUGGAAGGGAUUUACACAAUGCUCAAGUGGUUGUCUUACAUUCCCGCACACAAAGGAGGUCCUUUGCCAAUCAUGACGCCAGUGGACUCAAUAAACCGAGAAAUUGGUUUCUACCCUACUAAGGCUGCAUACGAUCCGAGAUGGAUGCUGACUGGGCGACCAAGUCCAACAAAUCCAAACGAAUGGGAAACUGGAUUUUUCGAUUAUGGAACUUUCGAAGAAAUUCUUAAACCGUGGGGCCAGACCGUGGUGACUGGAAGGGCUCGACUUGGAGGAAUUCCUGUCGGAGUUAUUGUGGUUGAAACAAGAACAGUAGAACUUAACCUUCCUGCAGAUCCUGCUAAUUUGGACUCUGAAGCCAGGACCGUGUCACAAGCUGGGCAGGUGUGGUUCCCAGACUCGGCGUAUAAAACUGCUCAAGCCAUCAAAGAUUUUGGCAAUGAAGAACUCCCACUAAUGAUAUUUGCCAAUUGGAGAGGAUUUUCUGGUGGAAUGAAAGAUAUGUACGAGCAAAUCCUAAAGUUUGGUUCUUACAUUGUUGACCAUCUUCAAGAUUACAGCCAACCAAUCUUAGUUUACAUUCCUCCAUUUGGUGAACUUCGUGGAGGAGCAUGGGUCGUCAUCGACCCCACAAUAAACCAACGCCAGAUGGAAAUGUAUGCCGACACCGAUGCUCGGGGUGGAAUUUUAGAACCUGAAGGAGUCGUAGAAAUUAAAUUUAGGAUGAAAGACUUGACCAAAGUUAUGCACAGAUUGGAGCCUCACCUUAUCGACCUUAAGGCCAAAAUCGCAGCAACUGACAAACCAGAAGAAAGAUCUGCAUUGGAGAAAAAAGUGCAUGAGCAUGAACAAUUCCUACGCCCAAUUUACCAACAGAUUGCUAUAGGAUUUGCGGACUUGCAUGAUACACCUGAACGCAUGUUGGAGAAGGGAGUGAUUCAGGAUAUCGUGCCAUGGCGUACCGCUCGUACCACUCUGUACUGGAGACUACGACGAAGACUUUUAGAGAAUACGGUGAUCACGAAAAUACUAGAAAUUCGUCCAGUUUUAGGAUACGGACCUGCUGAAGCAAUGUUGCGUCGCUGGUUUAUGGAGGACAAAGGUGCUAUGGCUGUGUGGGAAGAUAAUCAGACCGUCGUAAAUUGGCUAUCAUCAGAAUCCGUAAUUGAUGAGAACCUUAAGUCCAUCUUCCAAGAUGCGGCCGUUGAUCAAUUGAACAAAUUAUUGGAGCGAUAUCCGGAACUCUAUUCGGACCCCCGAGUGAUUAAGUAACUGUUUGCUGUUGCUAAAUGUUGCCAGUGCUUUAAAUAUACUAUAUGUACACAUGGAAUUAGUCCCAAUAUAUCAUGCCAAUUAUACAAAUUAUAAUAAUCGAAAUCUGCUAUAUAGUUUGUUACAAAAAAGUGAUAAAUAGUCGUGAUCAAAUUGUCUAUGCAAUUAUUUUUUUAAUAAAUCUCGCCAUGUUUAAUAUCCGCACAUGUUUUUAUGUGAAAA